AUGGAUUCUCUUAUUGACAAGCUUCAUCAUACUUCCGUGGAAGAACUCGAGGAAGACAUGGUUGAAGAUAUGGAGGAAUAUAUGGAUGAAGAUAUGGAACAGGCCGAUCAGCAACCAGAGCCGUGGGAGAGUUACCUCUUCACCUGUGAGGACUGCAACAAGAAUCUGAACCAACUAUGCUUCAAGAACGAUGCUCUGCUUCCUUUCGCAAGCAUUUCAGCCGAUAGGAAUCAGCGGAUCCCCAAGGAAGCUCUUCUUUCGGCCACCGAACUCUAUCAGCUGAAAGACGAGGACCUCGAGGCCCACCUCGCUGCCCAGAAAGGACCACUUCGGUGCAACGAAUGCUGGUUCAAGAAGCUGGGCCUGGACCAUCUACCAUCACGAUUUCAGGAUUUCGAUCCAGACGACUGUGUGGAGUUUCACUACCCUCUUCCGCAGGAGAUUAAUUGUCGAGACGUCAGGUUGCCGACAUGGAUGAUUCGCUGCGCCAGAUGUCACACGUGGCAAGGCAGCGAUCAAUAUCCUGGAUCACGCCUGCUCGAUGGCGCUGGUGCCUGCAUUACAUGUACACGUAUUCCAAGGCCUCCGUGCCUCGCUAAGCUCGAUUGGCGAGAUAUCGGAAAUGAUAGCUACAGGAUCGAAGUAUCGAGAUUUCGGGCUCUGUGUAUAGACUGGGAGGAAGUCGUCUGGGCAGAACCGUCAAUCGGGGAUUCAGCCAAGAUAGGUUUCAUCUGGGCUUUCGAGCAGUGGGAAGCAAGGGGUGAGCCUCUCCGUGUUUGGGCAGCUUUGUUUCACCUCCGUGAAUAUUUUGGAGAGCAUAGAGGGCAGUUGGAGAACUUAUUUGGUACCAUGGCGAAACAAUACUUCACAUCCAGCAGAGCAAACUACCAUCAUUUCCAGCUGCAGCAGGUUCUGAGAUCCCUGGAGACAGAUGCUUCGAACAGAGCAGCGGACUCGAUUUUUGGCGGCGAGUUUGAACGGACGUGGCUCGUGUUCUCCCGGGUCAUGGCACGGCAUUAUGAGGUGUUCUCUAGGAGUGUAUUCACAGAUCCUUAUGUGUAUACGCGCGGAGAAAAUUCUCAAUGGAAGACCGAAAGCGAUGGAACGGCAGAGUGA